GGCGUACAAGUGAAGCAGCUGCUUGGCGUUGUUCUUAAAAAUUACGCGUUUCCGUAAACACCAACAAGAUUUUUUAUUAAUAAAAAUAUAAAAUAAAUAAACAAAAAAUAUACAAAUAAACAAUAAUAAUAAUUUGACUUUAAUUGUGACAUUGAAUAUUAUUUAACAAUUCAAAGUAACUCAUAAUUGUAAUUAAAAUUUGACAUAUAUAUUUUAUUGUAAAAAUCAAAGUUGGUUAUUGAAAAAAGACAGAAAAAAAAUAUACAGCAAAUAAAAGAAAAAAAAAUGACUGAAUUGACGGAGUUGAAGAUGAAUGUCGCAGCAUUGAAACGCGUUGAUCCAUAUAUCAAAGAUAUUAUUGAAACAGCAACGCAUGUUGCACUUUAUACAUUCAAUUCAGACAACAAUGAAUGGGAAAAAACUGAUAUUGAAGGUGCAUUAUUUGUUUAUUCAAGAAAUGGCGAACCAUACAAUAGCAUUUUGAUUAUGAAUCGUCUUAACACAAAUAAUUUAGUUGAACCAGUAACUCAAGGUUUGGAUUUACAAUUACAAAAGCCAUUUUUGUUAUACAGAAAUUCAAAAUCAAAUAUUUAUGGUAUUUGGUUUUAUGAUAAAGAUGAAUGUUUAAAAAUUGGUAAUAUUUUAAAUAAACUUAUUAAAGAAUCAGAUAAUAAAUAUCCAAUUACAACACGAUUAACAUCAAAUAAAAAUAUAACAAUGAAUAAUAAUAUUAAUAAUAACAGUAAUAAUAAUAAUCAAAAUAAUAAUACAACAAAAACAACAAAUAAUGUUGAUAUAUUUAGUAUGUUGAGUAAAGCACAAAAAGAUUUUAAUACAACUCGUGGUGAAACACCAAGAAAUCAAAAUACUGAUAAUAUUAUUGUUAAUACAAAUGAUAAUAAUACACCAACAACAAUGUCACUUGGUACUGAUGUGACGUCACAAAGUGUUAUGGAUUUUUUUGCCAAGGCCAAGGUUAAUACUGGUCAUUUUAAAGCUGGUGAUCAGCCAAAUCAGGGUAUAACAACUCAUCGUACAGUUACUGAAACAAAACCAUUUUUAGCACGUUUAAUGUCACAUCCAGCAGCUCAUACACUUGAGCAUAUUGAGAAACAACAAAGAUCUAUAACACCACAGCCACAAAUAACAACAACAACAAAAACAACAACAAUAGAUAAUGAUAAUGAACAAGUAGUUGUUAAAAUAAAACGACAAGUUAAUAAAAAUACAACAACACAAUUAGAAUCAGUAUCACAUGAAUUACAAAGGCAAGCUAAUUUGAGUAUUAAUGAAACAACAAAUGGUACAUCAAGUUUUCACAGGAUACAAUCACCAACAUCAAAGACAGAUAUAAAAUAUUUUUGUAUUAUUUGUGAUGGACUCAAUGUAACAUCAACACUACCAGAUGCAUUAUCAACACUUUCCAUGAACUUUGCUUCACUUGGAAUGGACAAUAAAUCAGUGCGUUCGGAUGAAUCAAAUAUAUCAUAUCAUGAUAUAAGUUCAGCACCGGCAUUAAUGCCACCAGUUAUGUUUUCAGCAUCAAGUCCAUCAGAAAAUCAUAAUCGACCAUUGGAACCAUUGACAAGAAAUCAACUUUUGCAAGCAUUUAAUUAUCUUCUCAAAAGUGAUCCUGAUUUCAUGAAAAAAUUACACGAAGCUUAUGUCAAAUCAUUCAGUGAAAUUUUAUCUUAAAAAAAAGAUAAAAUAAUAAUGAUAAUAAUAAUACCCUUUAUGUGAUUUUAUUAUGUACUUUUUUUUUUUUUUUUUUCUUUUUUUGUAAACGAAAAAAAUUGCAGCACGACGUCGCAAUGUUAACCUGUCCAAUAAAGUUAUCUUUUUUUAUUUGGCUUUAAAAAGGAAUGCAGUAUAGUAUUUUUAUAAUAAAAAAAAAAAAAAUUCAUAAGUGAUGGUGAAGCAAAACUGAACGACGAUUAAAAAUUGAUAAUUAAAUAAAAAAACAAAUAAAAAAAAAUCGAAUUAAGUUUAAUUUCAUUUAUUGUUUGAAUGUUAAAAAAAAAAAGUAAUUUAAAUCAUGAAAACAAAGUGAAGAUUUUAAUCUGUGAUGCCAAAAACAUUUGUUAUUAUUUGUUUUACCAUCUUUUUACUGUAAAAAAAAAAAAAAAAAUUUAAAAACAAAAAAUGUAAAAUUGAUAAAAAUAUCUUUCACUUGAAAUGAAAAAAAAAUUACAUCGAUGAGAAAAUAUUCUCAAUUCGAUUGUCUAUAUAUUUUAUGGAGUAAUGAUACAUCUUAAUGAUGUUGAUGUGAAUAAAAAUAAAAAAUAACUGUACUUUGCUGAAAAAAAAACAGUUAAAGAUUAUUAAUUGAAUCUACUGAAAAAUAAAAAAAAAAGAAAUUUAACAAAUAAAUGGCAAA